AUGGCUGAAGAAACGCAAGUGCUUUCUAUUCAGCAACGGAUCGCCGCCCUAAAACAGGCCCAAGCUGGCGAAAGCGUUGAUGGCUCCGGAUCGGCAAUUGUAGGCUCUCACCCAACACCAUUCACAUCACGACCUGCCUCGUUCCGAGCCAGCACCAUCAAUAACCCACCAACGAACGGUUAUGGGUCUGUGGUUGAACGUUCUACCAUUGGGAAUGAGCCAGCAGGGGCGCCAACGCCGGUUCCUCGAUCACAGUCAUUCGGCCAGAAACCGAAGGCACCUCCGCCACUGCCCACACGAAAAGCUUCAUACCAGCAACUCGCGCCUGCGUUGCCUCCUCGAAGGCCUUCCGUGAACUCAAUUGAUUCCGCUGCGUCGGAUACUUCACGUUCCACCAUAUCCACGAGUACCGUGAGAACGACAGAGACGUGUACUUCAAAUGGUACUGGAAACGGCCGCACGGUGCGUGCCCCUCGCUACGAUGAAGCAAAACUACCUCCGCUUCCUCCAAAAAGGGGGGAUGCUAAGGGUCCUAAGACGCCACAGCGACCGAAGUCGGCAACAAUGAAGAGCGGAGACAGCUUGCCGCCACCGCUGCCAUCAAUAAGGGAACCGCCGUCUCUGCCCUCUUCUCGGCCUGCAUUGCCUAUUCGUCGAGCCGUAAGCAAUAUUUCCCUGAGAAGUACAGAGAGCAUGCCCCGACUUCCUCCUCGGCUACCGUCGAGAGACGGCCAGGAUCGGUCGCCUGGUGCAGACACUGAAGUUAAACCGGCAAGAAAGCUCCCACCACCUCUCCCAUCGGGCGCUGCUUUGGGGAAAUUACAGCAGUCGGGUUUUGGAGAUAUGAAUAAAAAGGCGCAUUCGACGGAGGUGCCGAACGGUGCGCCGCCCCCAGUGCCUGUCGCCUCAAAGCCAGAUCUGUCCAAACUCAUGGCGACGAAACCCAGAAUGUCUAAUGGAAAUUUCUCGGUUCCAAGUACGACUGGGUGUCUGAAAUGUCGAGACUUUUCGGGCCCGGACGCCCACGCUGCCAAAUUUCCGCGCGAAACCUUACCGACCCAUGAUCUAGUCUGGCUGGCCAGAGAGCUCACAACACCAUUCCCUUCAGCGACAGACAAAGCCAGGGCUUUGUUCACCUGGUGUCAUCAUAAUAUUUGCUACAAUGUCGAAGCCUUCUUCAACAACUGUGUCAGGCCGUCGACACCCGCUAGUACCCUUGCCACCGGAUUGGCAGUUUGCGAAGGGUACGCAGCGAUUUUCGCGGCUCUUGCAACUCAUGCUGGGCUGGAAGCACUCGUUAUCUCAGGUCACGGUAAAGGCUAUGGCUAUGAGCCGCUGGCGCCUGGAGCUAGCGUGCCCCCAUACAAUGCUGGUCAUGCUUGGAAUGCAGUGCGGAUUGACAACGGUCAAUGGAAAUUGAUCGAUGCCUGUUGGGGUGCCGGGGUGGUUCAGGGGCCAGGACAACCAUACCAGAAGCUCUUUAACCCAUCAUUGUUUACCAUGACGAACGAUGAGUUUGGCCUCAAGCAUUUCCCUGGUACUCGCGAUCACUUCUUCCGCGACAAUGGCCGGCCGGGACCAAGUUGGGAGGAAUAUAUCUUGAGCGAUCCCCAAAUUCCAUUCGGUGUUGAGCAGCCGAAGACCUGGGGCGAUAUACAGAAACACUAUAUCGGCGAGCGGACAUUCUUGCCAGCCGCCAAGCGGAUCUCGCCCUACCAGCAGGUUCCGGUUCGCUUCCAGUUCAGUCUCAUCUGCGAGCACUUUUCGUUAGAGUGGCACGCCAAAAUCCAGCCUAGCGUGUUUCUGCUAAUAAUACACGGUGUAGACGGCCGGAAAGACGAAUACAUCGCCUUUGAUCACGUCCGGGGGACAGAGCCCGGCGGCGGUGGAGAUCUUUGGUACCUUGACGUUCAAGAUCCAAGGACUCUCGGCGCACCCGGCCAGAAACUGUUAAUUGCCGUGCUCACCAAGUUUGAGGGUCGUGAAGAUGCACGGGGUGUUACGGUGCAGGAAUAUCGACAAAAGGCUGGUCGCGUGGCCAUGAGUUUCGCCUACAUAGCAGAAUGGGAGUUGGUAUGA